AUGAUCCGCCUUGUGAGCCUUGUUGUUUUGUGUGUCCUCUGCUCUUCCGCACAAGUCGAAGUGUGUGAGGAUGAUGGCUUAGCAUCUCUUCAGGUGCGGGCAACAGACCCGCCGCCUGCGGAGGUGAGGCCAAAGCUUCGGCGACGCCGUUUCCGGCGGCGAUCCCGGAAAGCUUAUCACCAUCAUGGUGCCGUUUGGACGGUCACUGACAGCCCGGUCGCCGCCAGUCCCGCUUCGGAGAGUGCCACGACUGCUACCAGUACCACAAGCACCACGAGUACUACGAGUACCACCCAGGAUCCUUCGGUCUCCUGCAGCUGCUCCUUCAAUCCCGUCGGGUUCUUCCUCCUGUGCCAGGAGGAAGACCCCACCUGCAAUGGCAUAAGCAGCAACAGGAUGGUCUCGUCCAUGGACGUGACGUCGGACAACCGCACUCUUGUCUACGCGGAUCGAAGGCAGAGUCUCAUCGGAUUUGUCGACAUCACCGAUGCCUACAACCCAGUGAGCGACGGCACCUUGGACGUGGGAAUCACGGAGGCCGUGGCCAUCAAAGGCAAUUUUGCCCUGGUUGGCGUGCGCGCAGGUGACGGCCAGCUUCUUGUCGUGAACGUCUCUUCCAAGACCGUCGUCCGCACCAUUGAGCUGGGCGCCACGCCCGCGAACAUCGCCAUCAGCCCCGAUCGCAGAUUUGCAGCCAUCGCCCCGGCUUAUGGCGCAGGCUAUCUGGUACAAGCAAACAUCUCCGAUGCAGACCCUGAUGCCUGGACGUACCAAAUUGUGAACUUCACAGUCUUGGAUGGGAUCGAAAGCGACGACUAUCUAGACACGGACCAUGUGAGCAUCCGGAAUGACAACGUGGCAGUUGUAACACUCCGGUGGAACAAUCACCUUGUUCUUGUUAACCUCACCGAUGCCACAAUCCUCGCGAGCUUUUCGGCAGGGCGUGCAAACAUUUCGAACAUCGACACGGUGCACGACGAUCUCAUCACGCUGAACUCCAGCCUGAGCAAUCUAAGCCGUGAGCCGGGUGGUGUGGUCUGGUUGGGCGAGGACUCUGACUUCUUUGCCACCGCGGACGGGGGGUCCGACCUAGGUGGGACCCGCUCCUUCACCAUCUUUGACAUCAGCGGUGCCGUCGUCUUUACCUCGGGUAACCUGCUGGAACAUCUUUCUGUCAGGCUUGGGCACUACAACGAUCUGGAUUCCGAUCGUUAUGGCACAGAGCCCACCUUCCUCUCAUUUGGCGACUUUGGUGAUUGCAAGAUGCUUUUCAUUUCCGCGAAGACGCCGCACCUCACUUUCGUCUUCGAGGUUUCGGAUCCGACCCAACCUUCUUUCCUGCAGGCGCUUCCAGGGACGGUCACGCCUGAUGUGAGCAAGGCCAUUCCAAGCCGCGGGCUCUUCGUGUCAAGUUCGGCCCAGGGAAGGACCUUCUACGACUUACAGGUCGGCCUACACAUCUACCACUGCUCAGCGUGUGGCCGACAGUACCCCUUCCUGGAAUCAAGGGACAGUGAAGAGGGCUUGCCCAUACCUUGGGGUUCAUUGGCCGGACUGGCGGGAGACACGGAUGGCACCCUCUACGCAAUCGAAAGUGAAAGGUUCGCGCAGCCCCGAAUUCUCGUCAUUGACAGCCAUGCUCAUCCUGCCCUGAUCACGGAUGAUAUCCAAGUCACCUACCAAAAUGGCAGUUCGCCGGAGGACUUUGAUCCCGAGGCCAUCGAGCUAAUCCCGGGUGGCUUCGCGGUGUUGAGCCUUGAGCCCCAAGGCUACGUCCUCCAUCUACUCGAUGAAGACGGUGUCAUCCAGAGUUCUGUUGAGGUGCAGAUUUCGAGGAAUGGUGAGUAUGUGUCUGGUGUGGCCUACGACUCCUCCUUGGGCUUGGUGAUCACGGGCUCCUACGGCAUGGUGCAAAUUUGUGAUCUCUCACCCACCUGCGGCCUAAACUACUUCAACUAUACCCUGGAUGACCCGGCGUCGCAGAGCUCAUCCACAGUGUACUUGCGAGACGUCGUUGCACUCGGAAAUGGCAUCUUCCUGUUCCUGGAGAAGGAUGACAGAGGUGGCUUUGAGGCUGGAAACCGUCGGAUCUACACGGCCGAGCUGGGGAACGAGUCCAUCUCUAACAAGGCCCUGGUGAUGGAUUUCAUGCCCGAGUUGAUAGAUCUGCGAAUCCCCGUGGUGCGGUACUUUAAUAGCUUGGCCAUUACCGGUGAGACCGGCAACCUGACGCUUUGGGGAGUCAACGACAACACUGCCUCCCAGUUCAGUGCCGGAGAGACGCAGUUGCUGCGCCUGCGCGAACACUUUUCUUUGUAG